AUGUCGUAUAAUCCUUAUUACAGUGAAAUCGGAAGUGACAGCAAUGUUGGUAUGGCUGCCGCUGGUAAAGGCAAAAAUAUUUCGGCAACAGGUAAGCAGUAUGGGAUGCAACAGCCAAGUUUAGGUCCACAAACACCACAGCAGCAGCAGCAGCAGAACGGCUCUUACUUGCCUUCAGCCAGUACGAAUAUGGCAUUCCAAUUUGGUCAAACUGCAUUCAACCAGUUUGUGGGCCAAGAGAAUAUCAGUCAAUUCCAAGAAACGAUGUCUAAGGCAACCGGUGCUACGAACUCAAGUGUUGCACAUUACUUCCAGGUGUCUAACUCGUAUGUUUUUCACAAGUUUAAAUUAAUCACUGUCCCGUUUCUACAGAAAAAUUGGCAACGUAUACCGGACUCGUCGAAUUCUUUCCAACCUCCUAGGAUUGAUGUGAACUCACCUGAUUUAUACAUUCCUGUAAUGGGGCUAGUGACCUAUAUCUUGGCAUGGAAUGUCACACAAGGAUUAAACGGAUCCUUUGAUCCUGAAAACCUUUACUUCAAACUCUCAUCGACAUUAGCUUUUUUCUUAUUGGAUUUAAUAAUACUAAGGCUGGGAUUAUAUCUUUUAGUCAGUAACACCACAUCACCUGUUACUUCUUUGGUAGAAUUAACAUGCUACGUGGGGUAUAAGUUUGUUCCAUUGAUCUUUUCCAUGUUUUUUCCAGCUUCUUUCAUAUGGUUAAAUCGUCUUGCAAAACUAUAUCUGUUCGUUGCGUUUGGUGUAUUCUUACUAAGAUCUAUUAAGUUUAACUUAUUUGCGGAUAUGGGAAACAGCGCAGACUUUUCAUUCAAGAAGGGAACAGUAAAGAAGGUCAAUUAUUUUCUAUUUGUUUAUGGGUUCUUUUGGCAAAGCGUGUUAAUGUGGUUGAUGGGUUGA